GGGUGGAAUCGUUUUUAAAAGAAUUAUCCAAACUUACGACUGCAUGAUAAGUGUGAUGAAGGAAAGUCCAGCUACCAUGAGGUCUAUGAGACAGGCAUCCUGGUCUAGCCUGGGGGGCCCUAAGGAAACAACGCUGGAGCAGAACUUGGAAGUCCCUAAGGAAAGGGGUGCAGCAGGUACAAAGGCCCUGGGGUGGAAGGGGCUGCUUAGAGUACAUUCAAGGGGAGGCCUGUUUGUCAGCUCAAAUCCCUUGUGAAAGGGUGGGAUGACAGGUGAGGUCAAAGAAGUGGGUAGGGGCCAUGAAGGCAGGUUCUUCAGAAGUCAGAGGACUGAGAGGUGGGGAGGCUUGAGACAGCCGCUGCUGCUGUUUCUUCUUCGUUUCAAAGAUGAGUAGGUUUGGGAGAGUCCUGCCCUUCUCGCUGUUCACGGUCACACGUUCCCUCCCUGUCCUGGCCCCGUCCCUGGCCCUGGCUCCUCUUUUCCUCAAGCCCUUGACUGCACCUGAGCCCUUUUGCCAUCCCCAGGGAUCCUUGGCGGUGGGGCCCGCCUGAGUGGCCCUGGCAAUCUCAUUAGUGUCGGGGGACAGUCCUAAUCAGCUUACACAGGGGCAGGAUAAAAGCCCAGCUGAUGCCCUGGUGAGAGAGGCCCGGCACUCACACCCAGCGCCCCCUGAGACCUGCCCCAGUGCUUGCCCACAGCGUGAGGGAGUCCAGAAGCCAAAGGUCGCCGCAGGGCCUCUGCCAGCCUGGCCAUGAAUCUGGAGCCACCCAAGACCGAGAUCCGGUCGGCCACCAGGGUGACUGGGGGGCCCGUCACUCCCAGGAAAGGGCCCCCAAAAUUUAAGCAGCGGCAAACCAGGCAAUUCAAGAGCAAGCCCCCCAAGAAAGGUGUCCAAGGGUUUGGGGACGACAUCCCUGGAAUGGAAGGCUUGGGAACAGACAUCACGGUCAUCUGCCCAUGGGAAGCCUUCAACCACCUGGAGCUGCACGAGCUGGCCCAGUACGGCAUCAUCUAGCACCAGACCUGGGCCGGUCCCAGGACCCUCCCCUCUGCUGCCCACCCCACCCCUGUUCAGGAUCCUUGCGAGGAGGCCCGCCCCGCCCAGAGUGUCCAGACCGCACUGGUUGUCUGGAGACCCUCGAAGGGCGGCAACCUCAGGUCCCCAGACACCAGGCACCCACCACCUCCCUGCAGGAUGCCCGUUUGGGGCUGGCCAGGCCCUGCUUAACUUCCAGAGAUAUUGCCCACAGACCCUGUCCUCCCGUGGCUGAAAACCCAGAGCAGGACCUCCCAGGAGUGUCCCCCACAUGUCCCCCCUCGUAUCCUUCCUGUCCAGAGGUGAGGACAAGCUCCCCCCACUAGCCAUGCCCAGCUGGUGCCUUUGGGUCGGCAUGGUGGGUAGCAGGAGUCCUGGGGCAUCAGCGGGGGGGCCCUUCCAAACCCACCACGCCUGUAGGAAGCUUGUCCUUUCCAACAUGGCGCGCAUUUGUUGACCCCAUUUUACAAUAAAAUUAUGUGCCCCCACUGA